UAUUACAGUGAGCUGGCUGUGAUUAAGCUCAGGGAAUAACAGAUACUAAAAAUCCAAUCCUUUUCACUUAAUAUCAGCCUGGGUUCAACAUGAAGAGAGGGUAAGAAGUAAUCUUAAGAUUGCUGGUAGCCCGCUAGCUGGGUCGCUAAUAAGAUAGCCAAAGCCAGGUAGUACCCUUCCCAGCCAGCUAUCUAAGCCUGUCUAACCCCUAUAAGACUGGCUGAAUGGGAGAAUGCGCUGCUCAGCGAGCUAGCCUGAGAUCCACCCUCUUUACUAAGCUGUCCGCUGAAAGAAUGUGCCGCUCGGCGACCAGUUAGCCUGCGAUCCACCAACCUUACUGAAGCUUUGGCAAGCUGGGUAACUGCGUUCUUGGAUAAAGGCAGUCCAUGAGGAGUACGCUCAGAGAUGGCUGUGGUGUCGUGGAAGGAGGUCUGCCUGUUGGUCACCGUGGUGAUCGGCUGCUACUGGAACAGCUUGUCCUGUGGUUUUGUGUUUGAUGAUGUGUCCGCUAUUCUCGACAACAAGGACCUGCGCCCCUCCACCCCACUGAAAAACCUCUUUCUCAAUGACUUCUGGGGGACGCCCAUGUCCGAGGAGAGGAGUCAUAAGUCGUAUCGGCCUCUGACGGUGCUCACCUUCAGGCUGAACUACGUGUUCAGUGAGCUGAGCGCCCGGUCCUACCACCUCCUGAAUGUGCUGCUCCACGCCGCCGUCUGCGUCAUCUUCCUGCGCGUCUGCCGGCUCUUCCUGGACAGGACGCCCAGCAGGGUGGCGGCCCUGCUCUUUGCUGUCCAUCCCAUCCACACUGAGGCCGUCACUGGUGUCGUUGGAAGAGCUGAGCUCUUGUCCUCCAUCUUCCUGCUGGCCGCUUUUCUGUCUUACACCAAAUCCAAAGGCACUGACCAUUCCAUCGUGUGGAGUCCCAUUGCACUGACUGUGGUGUUGGUUGCCGUGGCCACCCUAUGCAAAGAGCAGGGUGUGACUGUCAUCGGAGUAUGCUGUGUCUACGAGGUGUUCGUAGCUCAGGGGUUUACCCUGCCGCUGCUCGCGGACACCUUGCUCCAGGUGAUACGUGGCAAAGACGGCUUCCCGCACGCCGUUCUGCAGACCUUCCUCAAGCUCAUUGUCCUUGUCAUCAGCACCUUACUGCUGGUGAUCAUCAGAGUGCAAGUGAUUCAGUCUCAGCUACCUGUCUUCACCAGGUUCGACAACCCCGCCGCUGUGAGCCCCACUCCUGCCCGGCAGCUGACGUUCAACUACCUCCUGCCCGUCAACGCCUGGCUCCUCCUCAACCCAUCCGAGCUCUGCUGUGAUUGGACCAUGGGCACCAUCCCUCUGGUGGAGUCCAUCCUGGAUGUGCGAAACCUGGCCACCCUGGCCUUCUACAGCGUGCUGGCCCUGCUGGCCCUCCAGAGCCUGUGGCACGCCCACCAGUCCGCCAAGACCGUCAUCAUGGCCCUGUCUUUGAUGGUGCUUCCUUUCAUUCCUGCUUCCAACCUGUUCUUCCCGGUGGGCUUCGUGGUGGCGGAGAGAGUGCUGUAUGUGCCCAGCAUGGGCUUCUGCCUGCUCGUGGCGCAGGGCUUCAGGGCCAUCUGUCACAGCGGGCUUCUCCUCUGCAGAAAUGUGAAGAGAAUCUCCUGGCUGUGCAUGGCCUUGCUCCUCGUUACCCACGCAGUGAAAACUUUCAACAGGAACUGGGACUGGGAGUCCGAAUACACCCUCUUCACUUCCGCUCUGAAAGUCAAUAAGAACAAUGCCAAACUCUGGAACAAUGUGGGUCACGCGCUGGAGAAUCAGAACAAUUACGAGCGCGCGUUGAGAUAUUUCCUCCAGGCCACGCGAGUACAGCCAGAUGAUAUCGGAGCUCACAUGAACGUGGGAAGAACGUACAAGAAUCUGAACAGAACCAAAGAAGCCGAAGAUGCUUACAUGGUCGCGAAGUCUCUCAUGCCACAGAUCAUCCCAGGGAAGAAGUACGCCACCCGCGUGGCCCCCAACCACCUCAACGUCUACAUCAACCUGGCCAACCUGAUCCGCGCCAACGACUCGCGGCUGGAGGAGGCCGACCAGCUGUACCGGCAGGCCAUCAGCAUGCGGCCGGACUUCAAACAGGCCUACAUUAGCAGAGGAGAGCUGCUGCUGAAGAUGAAUAAGCCGAUGGAGGCGAGAGACGCAUACCUGCGGGCCCUGGAGCUGGACAGAACCAAUCCCGACCUGUGGUACAACCUGGCCAUCGUCAACAUCGAGAUGAAGGACCCCUCGGAGGCACUGAAGCACUUCAACCAGGCCCUGGAGCUCAACCCGCGCCACAAGCUGGCUCUCUUUAACUCUGCCCUGCUCAUGCAAGAGUCAGGUGAGCCCUCGUUCCGGCCUGAGGCGAACCGCCGCUUCCUGCUGUACGUGGAGGAGGAGCCGGACGACGCCAACGGCUACUUCAACCUGGGCAUGCUGGCGAUGGACGGGCAGGAGGACGAGGCAGCGGAGCGCUGGAUGAAGAAGGCCAUCUCCCUGCAGCGCGGCUUCCGCAGCGCGCUCUUUAACCUGGCCCUGCUGUACUCGCAGACGCGGCGUGAGCUGGAGGCGCUGCCCGUGCUGUCGGAGCUGCUGCGCCACCACCCCGAGCACGUCAAGGGCCUCAUCCUGAAGGGCGACAUCCUCAUGAACCACAAGAAGGACACACGGGGGGCGCGCGAGUGCUUCGAGAGGAUCCUGCGCAUGGACCCCGCCAACGUGCAGGGCAAGCACAACCUGUGCGUGGUGUACUUCGAGGAGCGUGACCUGGUCCGCGCCGAGCGCUGCCUGCAGGAGGCGCUGGCUCUCGCCCCCCACGAGGAGUACAUCCGCCGCCACCUGGCCAUCGUCCGCAGCAAGAUGGCCGCCAUGAGCGCGGCGGGAGAGCCGCUCGCUCCAGCAGGGGGGGCCGGCGACCCAAGCCCGACGGAGGCCGUGAAGAAGAGCCCCGCCCCACAGGGCAGCAGCGAGCAGAAGGGCGGGAAUCCCUCCCCUGCCGAGGGCAGGAAUGGUGGGAACGGGAACAGCGAGCGGGCGGGGCAGUGGGCGGAGCAGGAGGCGGAGCAGGGGGCGGGGCAGCGGGCGGAAAUCAGCCAGCCCAACAAACGGACUAAAGCCAAGUCCACAAAAGAGAUCACAGACAUAGAGAAGAAACGGGCGGCGGCUCUGAAGAGGCUGGAGGAGAUUGAGCGCAUUCUGAGUGGAGAGUAAGCUUGCAGAAUUCAGCCGAGCUGCAUCCCUGCAGACUGUUUUACACCACUGUUUAAGGGAGGAAUUCAGAUGAACUGGGUCGCGUCUCUGAAGGCUGAGGGGUGCGGGAGGCGGCGGGGCUUCCAAUCUGCAGCCUGAAAAAGCACGAGUAUCAGACACACUGAAGCCCUGAGGCUUAUACGCAGAGAGUGUGCACAUGCGUAUCACGUCUGAAUGUGUCAUCAAAUUCCGUUUAUUUAAAACUUUUGUUUUUUUUUUUUUUGCUUUUUUGUACUUGUGGAUCACUGG